UAGAAAAUGCAAAACGCUACCAAAAAUAACAGUGCAUUCAAAUUGUUUUGCCUUUGUGUUAGGGCUGCGAAUUCUCGCUACUUCCGCUGAAAAGUUCAACGAUACAUAAACGUAGAAAUUAAAUUAAUAUAUAUAGCAAAAAUCAUGACAAAUAUCAGCGUUUCAUCUUUGAUCUCCUACGAUUCUAUGGAAACCACAAGUGAUUUCAUUGCGAAUCUCAGCUCAACCACAGCGCCAAGCAUCAUCGAGCAGUCACUGGCGUUGUAUCAUAAUCGGCGUCGCUUCUUGUUCAGCGGGAUUGUGCUGCUGCUCGGCGUUAUCGGCAACGCCUUGGCGCUGGCGAUUUUGGCGCGCAAAAAGGCGACGAAAAACAGCAAAUAUACGUUGUUGCUGCGUUGCUUGGUUUCGAAUAACCUUAUCGGUUUGCUCGGCAUACUAACAACGAUAAUGCUUAAAAUUUAUGUUCCCGAGGAUGAGUUCAAGGCCUACGUGCGUUGGGAUUGCACGCUGAAAGUUUUGUGUCGCUUUUUUGGACUCAGUUCCGGCUGCAUUGCGGCAGUGAUGGCAAUUGAACGUUUUAUGGCGUUAGCUAGACCAUUCAUUUAUCAUAAGCAUAUCACGUACGCGCUUGUUCGUAAAACCAUCAAUAUAUUGGUGUUUAUUGCGGUGGUUGUCACGUUUUUGCCCUUCACCGGCUUUGGCGCCUACAUCGAUGAGAGUAAUCCAACAAAUCCGAAAUGCUUGCGUUACCGUGAUGCUGAGGGAUUUUGGAAUAAAACAUACUCCGUUUUGUUUAUGUCUUUUGGCACCCUUUUGUGCAUCGUAAUUGUUGCUUGUAAUUUGUUUGUGACGCGUGCUCUGUGUGUAAUCAGCCGCAAGCGUGCCAGCAAACGUCACAUCCACUAUGAUACGCUGCAACGUGAGACGGGCAGCAUACAGUGGAUCGAGGGCAAAUCGAACAGCAGCGGCUCGUCACUGUAUCACCGCAGCAAUAGUGGCACCAUGACAGCCAAUACGUCCCCCGAUGAGAUUAAAUUCGCCAAACUGAUGGCGCUUCUCAGCAUCUGCUUCGUGAUCUGUUGGAUGCCGCAAAUGAUUGCCAUACCUAUGGCUAUUCUACCGAAUCGUGUGCCGAAGGCGCAUCCCUUCUUCAUUUUGGCCGAUGUGCUGAUGGCAUUGAAUUUCACCUUCGACCCGUACAUCUACGUGCUAAGCCGCACCAAACAGUCUCACCUAAUGGGUUGCAUUAAGGACUGUCGCUGCUGGCUGUAAGGGUCACUGAAACUGAAGGCCUGAGGGGCUGAGGCGUUUGUUGGAGGUUUGUCUACUCGAAAACUUGCACCCUAAGUUGAAAUGAUUGAGAUUUUACACUGUACAUGAUACUCAGCUACUGAAGCCCAUAAGGAUCUGCUACAAUGUUCUAUGUAAUAUAAUUAAAUAAUUUAUAGAAACAUACAUACUUACAUAUACUGUAUAUAUUUAUAAUUUUAUAUAUAAUAAUACGAAAAAAUUUCGAUGAAGAGACCGAAAAAGCAGUUUCUAGCUUUUAAAAUAUGAAGAUUUGUAGUAACUGUUAGGAAAACUUGCACCGCUGGCGGUGUAACUCGCACUUCUCAUUUUGAGUUGCUUUGAGCACAAAAGCCUUUUAUAUUGAAAAUGCACUUACUUUUUUUCAGAAUUUUUAUCGACAAGUGACCUAAGGUCGCGGUGCAUUCCUCAUUUAUGUAUUAAUCUAAACAAAUUACCAAGUGAUGGCUGGCUUUUAUUACUGUUGCUUAUUUUUCUAUAAGAAAAUGUAACAUGUAUGCUUAAGUAUAAGAAAUAUUUGGU